AAACAAUCAAUCAAAUCUGACAGAAAGGGACAGAAAAGGAAAGGGUACUGGCCUGGCUACGUACCAUCUCGUUACUGCUUUCCCUUUUCGUAUCAUCAUCAUCAACGUAAUGGGAAAGCAAUCUAACAGUACUGUUGCAUCUCCUGGAAUAAGGAGAGGUCCAUGGACUCCUCAGGAGGACAAGAAGCUCUUUGCUUUCGUUCAACAACAUGGCCAUGGAAGCUGGCGUUCCUUGCCAGAGAAAGCUGGUCUCCAAAGAUGUGGGAAGAGCUGCAGGCUAAGAUGGAGAAACUACCUAAACCCUGAUAUUAAGAGAGGAAAUUUCAGUUUGCAGGAAGACCAGACCAUCAUUCUACUUCAUGCACUUUUGGGCAACAGGUGGUCGGCCAUAGCUGCUAACUUACCAAGGAGAACAGACAAUGAGAUAAAGAACUACUGGAACACACAUCUAAAGAAGAGGUUAGCCAAGAGAGGGUUUGAUCCUGUAACCCACAAGCCCAAGACCGCGAUCCAUGCCUCUGCCAAUGGCGACGACCCGAAGAACCUCUCAAACCUCAGCCACAUGGCUCAGUGGGAAACUGCUCGGCUUCAAGCAGAAGGUAGAUUUUCCAGACAGUCAAAACUACUCAUCAGUCACGACCAACCUCCUAGAUCUGGACCCGUGCCUGUACCACAAUGGCUUGACAUGAACGAAAGAGCACGGGAAAUCCUGCUACUGUUGAAGUCAAUAUUAGCUGCAGACAGUGGUGGCCAAGGUGGUGGUAUUGGUAGUACUUCCACCCACGUUGGGCAGGAGGUUGGUUCAUUUGGUAAAGUUGAUGUUGAAGGCGUACUUACUAAUUGUGAUCAGUUUGAGGCUCCAAGAACCAGUACAUCAGUUCUGGGUUUUGAUCAAGUUUUGGACGAAGUUUUGGGGGAGUCUGGUACUAAUAAUGAAUAUGAUGAUUUAUUGGAGGCAUCACUACUCCAGCACAAUCAUAACAGCACUGGAUUUGAAGUUGGGGAUGCUUGGAGUUUGGAACAUUGUGCAACAGUAAUGAUGAAGGAGCAGGGAACAAAUUAAGUACCUUUGAAAUAAUAACAAUGAUAUGUCGUCUACAUGCACCCGCCUAAAACAUGGUACCUCCUAAAUCCUAAUAGAGGACUAAAUGUAGUAGAUGAAGUACUAUGAACCGUUUUUCAAUUUACGUGGAUUUAUUUUCUCGCUUCUGAUUAACUUUUAUGUCUCUUAUUUGAGUUCAUCAGCAACAUUUAUGCGGAGAUAAUUUAGAAAAAUU